AUGCAAAACCCAUGUGUCUGUGGGACGGCCGAGGGGGACACCGGCUGUUGGCAGGAGAGGGGGAGCAGAGGGGGGCAGAGGUGCCGUCAGCUCCGGGAUGCUCCUGCCUCCGAGCUGGUCGAGCAGGAGGGAUGGACGGGGCCACUGGGAGGGAAGGCAAGCGGAAGCUGCUGGCGGGAGCCCGGGGGGCUCAACGGGGACACGCCACGUCCUGCAUUGGAUGGUGGCAGCUUGGCUUCGGUGGCUGAGCCCGCAGCCCCCCCAAAAUGCUCCAGCUCUGCCCCAGAGCUGCCUCCCACAGCAGCCAGCCCCGUGGCCGACCCCAGCCAGGAGUGGAAAGUGGCGAAGAUCCAACGGGUCCUCAUCAACCCCGCCAACGAGCCGAAGAAAGCAGGUCUCUCCCGCAGCGCCAGCCUCUCUGAGAAGGAGCUGAAGGAGGCGAAGGCGCGGAGCCGGCGGAUUGCAGCGCAGCUCACCACGGUGCCUGGCCCCAGCUCCAAGGGCGUCCUGCUCUUCCACCGCCGCACCGCGGGGACGGCCACAGGGACAGCAUCCCCGGCCAGCCGGCAGCAGAAUGGGGUGCAGGGCCGGCAGUACUACGAGGUCCAUCUCACCCUGGCCAAGCCCAAGCCGGUGAAGAACCGGACGGCCAGACCCUUCGGCACCCAGGCGUCCCCUGCCAGCGGCCAGCCCGCAGAGGGCCCCCCCGCUGCCGAGCUGCCCCCACCACCCACCUAUGCGGAGACCCUGAGCAGCCCCCCGCCACUCACCCGUGUCCGCUCACCCCCCUCCUACUCGGCCCUGUACCCACCCUCAGAGCAGAAGAUGCUGCCAGGUCCCCCCCAGGGCUGCGGGGUGAGUGGACCGAACCCCCUGCCCAAAACGGGGAUCCUGGAGGAGUCGGCCGCCCGGAGAGCUGGCAAAAAGUCCAUGUUCACCUUCGUUGAGAAGCCAAAGCUGGGCCCCAACCCCGACCUGCUGGACCUGGUCCAGAGCGCAGACAGCAGGAAGAAGCAGAAGGAGCAGGGGGAGCCCGGUGCUGAGGACGAGCCCUUCGCCCUCGGGGCUGAAGCCGCCAACUUUGUCCCCAACAGCGCGGCCAGGGAUGGGCAGAACCUUCUGCCAGCCGAUGAUGCUCCCGCGUGGUCCUCCUGCCUCAAGUCCCCCACCAUCCAGCCCAAGCCGAAGCCACAGCCCAGCCACAACCUCAGCGAAGCGAGAGGGAAGGGGGCCGAGCUCUUUGCCCGCCGGCAGUCCAGGAUGGAGAAGUUCAUCAUCGAGGCUCCCUCCCAGCCCAAGCUGCUGCGGUCCCCGUCGCCCACCAUGUCCCUGCCUCCCUCCUGGAAGUACGAUGCCAGCGCUUGCCUGUCGCCCAUGGUCUCCAGACACCCCUCCAAGAGUCCCUCCAGGCCCUCCAAAACCCCUCCGGCAUCUCUGUACGGCAGCAACCUGAUGGAGAACGAGGUCUCCCAGAAGGAGCUAGAGAUUUCCAAGCACCAGCCCUACCAGCUCCAGUCUUCGCUCUUCAUCCUCUCCCCAUCCAAGGGGCCAGCGAGGUCCAUACCCCAGGAGAUGCCUCCACCCAGACCCUCUCUUCCUGACGCCUACCCUUACCCCCAGCAAACCUCCUGCCCGACCUCUCCAUUGCCUCCUUCCCCCAUUUGGCAUGCUCCUGCUGUGCCCGGCGCCGGCCAGACAACCUCCAGCCCCUUCCCCGGUGCCACUGGGGGUCUGCCCCUGACUCACGGCAGCCGUGCCAGUCCCGGAGCCCCGACCGAGGUGCUGCUGGCCUCCCCGUGCCGCCUGCUGCCGCCCCGAGUGAAGGGGGGCUUCCAGGCACCCCGGCCCUCCUACUCCACCAGGAAUGCCGGCAUCGAGCCGCAGGAAAGGCGGCCGUCCCUCCCCGCCUCACCUACCUGGACGCCCCGGCUGGCGCGGUGCCCGGGCAGCCUGGACGGCUGGGCCAGCCCGGCCUCAGUGCCUGAGCUGGACGAGGGACCCCCCACGUCCCCUCCAUGGAGCGAGAGGUCCCUGUCCCCGCUGCGGCAGGACGCUGACGCCCAGGCCAGCCGGCAGAUGCAAGCGCGGCUCGCCAGGAACAUCAUCAACGCUGCCCGGAGAAAGAGCUCCUCUCCCAAAGCUGUGGGGCCGGAGGGCUCCCGGCCCUUCACCCCCAUCCCCGCCGGCCCCCCCAGCCUGCCCCAGUCCCCCAGGCCGGCGCGUCCGGAGAGCUCCAGAGCAGCGUGGAGCCUGGGCAGCCCCGCGCCCUCCCACAAAAGCCCCCUGCGAACGCCCCGGGCGGAUGGCCCCCAAUUGUGCUUCCCCCCCGGGAUGCCCCGAGCCGCCUGGGCAGAGGGUCGCCAGCUCCUGCUGCCAGCCAGUGUGUUUUUUUUUCCCAACAGCCCCCUGCCAUCCCCCGUGGUGGGCGGGCGGUCCCCGGCCAAGCGCUGCACCUCCCGGUCCCCGACGGACUCGGACAUCUCCCUUGACUCCGAAGACUCGGGGGCCAAGAGCCCGGGCAUCCACAGCUUCAACCUCUGCCCCCGGGGCUGGACCGGCAGCCUGCGGCUGAAGCCAGGGGGGCUGCCCUCAGGGGCCCCCUGCACCUCCUAGAUGAGCCAGUCCCGGCCAGGCCACCCUCUCCCCAGUCCCGCCAGCCUGGGCGAUGCCACCCACUGACCCCUGCAACGGGAACACCCCACCCUCAGGGCUGAGGUCCCCAAAAACUGGCGUCCCCACUCCCCAGUGGAGCUGCCGCAGCCCCUCGGCAUGCCGGCGGGGUCAGGUGCCUCCCGCCUGCCUGCCAUCGCACGGCCCCACUCUAUUUUUACCACCCUAAC